AUGGUUGACUACUACAAUACGCGAUCGAGCACGGUGAUCCCGUCGGCGGGGGUCGGCCCAACCGCGACCCAACUUCGGACGACAACCGCCAAGAGUCGCUCGCAGCGCGACAAAUCGACGCUCCACAAGACGCUGACCGAUGGAGGCGUCGGUACGGGUGGUUCCGGUGGUGGUGUAACCGGGAGCCAGCAGCCACGGAUACGCAUCGUGCGGCUGGUGCGACCCCACCAGAACCACACCACCACCGCCUCCCACCAUCGGCCAACGGGCGGCGGCGGUGGCGGCGGCAAUUUUGGGUUCUCGAUCCGGGGUGGGCUCGAGUACGGGACCGGAUUCUUUGUGUCCGCCAUCGAGCGUGACUCGGAAGCGGACCGGCAGGGUCUCAAGGUGGGAGAUCAAAUCGUACGCGUCAACGGGUACCAAGUGGAGGAUGCCGUCCACCGGGAACUGGCCUCGUUCAUCGCCAACCAGGAGCGGUUGAUCAUGAAAGUGCGGGCCCUUGGCAUACUGCCGAUCAAGGAGCGCUCCGUCGAUCCACUCACCUGGCACCUGGUCUCGUUGGCUCGCGACACGCAGGACACGCUGCUGCUGCUGGAGGACGGUCCGUGCUGUGGGCGUGACCUGAAGGUGAUCCUGUCCGUGGCGCCCCGAACCAAGCUGGGCUGUGGGAUUUGCAAGGGCCCGGACUGGAAACCGGGCAUCUUCGUGCAGUUCACGAAGGAGGGCGGCGUGGCACGUGAAGCCGGCCUACGGCCAGGCGAUCAGAUCCUGUCCUGCAACGGGCAUAGCUUCGCCGAGGCCUCGUUCUCGGAGGCGGUCAGCGUAAUGAAGUCGUCGCACGUGCUCGAGCUGGUCGUGCGGCCGAGCGCCGGGCUCGAUCUGUUUCCGGGUGAAUCGAGCGGCUACAACAGCUCCGCGAGCAGCGUCAACGGUGACCAGAGCCCGUGCUGGGGCGACCAAACGUCCAAGCGGCUGAGUAUCGUGCGCGAGGAGUCCAUUUCGCACGAGCGCCGCCGUACGGCGGCCAUCGGCGAGCUGAAGCCGAUGGGAGAACGGCCCCCCACGGGCUCGGUUUCUACUCCACCAGCUCCCCAGACCUUACCUCCUGCGCAGACGGUGGCCACCAGUGGCGGGGGUCACCGGCGGAAGAAUACCACCAUCAUUGAGUUCUCGGAGCGGGGCACGAUCGUGAACCCGGACGCGAAACAGAGUGAAACGAAAACGAUCAUUGUCGAGGUGCACCGGAGCGCAUCGACCGGCUCGAUCGGUGGCGCGGGAUCGAACACACUCAUCCCACCGCCACCACCUCCGUUCGCGGACAGUGUCGCUCCGCCACCGCCACCACCGCAGGGACUGGCCCUGGCCGAACCAAGCGCUACCGAUCAACCGGGAACGGCGGAGUCAGCGGUGGCCACCAACAGUCUGUGCAGCGCGAUAUCGGACGAACUGCGUCGGCGGGCGGAGAAGAAGAGUGCCGCGGCGGUGGGUGGUGGUGCGCCCGACGGGGCGAUGGCCUCCGCCCUAGCCGGUCCGGCGGCUGCCCUCACGGAGCUGGAAAACCGGCUGAAGGAGAAGAACUGUCGUCUCCGGCCGGUCACGAUGGCCAUCUCGGACGAGCGGCACACGGCGCUGAUGGACGAGUUCCGGGCCGUGCACAAGCGGAUGUUCAAAAAUGGGUUCGACAAUGCGGAACUGAAGCAAAGACAACCUGCCAAAGGUGAUAAGGGGGAGCCGAGCGUUUCAGUGGCCCCGGCUGAGGCGGCCCUCAACGGGACGCGAAAGUCAGCGAAAGGCACGAUGGGCCGGGUGGCGGCCUCGGAGAUGGCCAAAGCUAGCGGUGACAGUGCCGAGCUGGAGUCGCUCGAAUCGUUCAAGCUGACCAACCCCCAGGCACCGCCAGCUCGGCCACCGUCGUACUACUUCUGCCCGCAGGCCACCGGGCCGGCGACGAUGAAAAAGUCCCAAAAACCGAUUGCCGUCACCAUCAGCGAGUACGCCAGCAGCAACAGUGCAACGCGUGGCGCUCCCGAUGAGCCGGUGGCGGUCCGGAAGCCGGCUCGCUUCGUUCAGCUGCGGCCGGUGACGACGGAAGGUGCGUCUUCCGGCAUCAACAACGAGGCCGCCCGGUCGGAACAGCGAGGAUCGAAAGCUUGA